AGUUCAUGCUCAUGCUCAUGCGACUAAGAAAAACCCGCUAUUAAAGUGAUCUAGCUCAGUUCGAUAGCGGAUCCUGCUUGAUUUCAACUCUCGUUGCAGCAAAGUGAUCAGUAUCGUUCCGUCGGUUCGGUUGAGGACAAACUGGUGAGGUCAGAGUUGCCGCCAACAACGCUGUGUGCUAGAACCCUCGAAGGCCUCUCCUUGUGCCGGUACCACUUGUAGUAGUAACAGGAACUGUUGUUUUUAUCGGACCAGACAAGCAUCCAGGCUGAGGCGUGACACGUGUUGUUCGCGGCGGAGCAGCCCGUCACGGUUAUCGAUGUCCACGCGUUCCUGACGCGAAUAAACCAGUACCGGUAGUUGUCCACUUGCCUAUGACUGCGGUCCAGUACUGCUGGAAGUGAGCAUACAGGUAAUCAUUGAAUGCCCCAGCAUCGACGGCAGAGAACGAGCAGCGGAAUUCACAGCGUGCCCCGACCUUAUCCAGGACAGUGGGAGUCGCCUGUCGUGAACUGGAAAGGCGGUGCAAAUGCGUUUCUAGACGCGAAGGCGCACUUCAGCAUCUAGUGGCGUGUAUGAAUCAUCUUUGGUUUUCAGUACCUCAUCAAGGCCAAGCACCACAGCAUUCAACGGGACAUCAGCAAACACUUUCAAUUACGAGCAUAUCAACAAACUGACUUGGCACUAAGGCGGGAUUGACAGUGAUCACCACAGCAGCAGCAGCAGCAGCAGCAGCAGCAACAACAAUUGUUUGAUUUGUCUCCAACACUCUUUCACACCUAUGGAUUGCUGCAUUCAUCCCUCAGCAGUAGCAGCUACAAGUGGGAAAUAUAAGUAGCUUGAGCAGGUUGAAUACAUUGAUUGAGACCGGUGUGGUACAUCUGAACAACAAUGUCAAAUGUACAACAACAUGGUGUAGACGAAGAGCCCGGAGGCAGCCAUGCCCAUUUGGCCACCAAUGUACCCGCUAAUACUCCUAUGGAAGAUGAUGAAGAAGACAAUGCCGUUGAAUGGAUGGCCACUGCCGAGGCAGUCCACACUGUGUUUCUACCACGAUGCCUGCCAGACCAGCGAGAAGAAGAUACAAACCCGUUGUUCCUACACUAUGGCCACCGUUCGGUACUGCGGAAAUUUGCCAGCAUCACCAAGGAUAUACUGCCGGCACGGAUACAUCGCAUGCUCAAUGCGUGGAACGACGCGUAUUCUCCGAAUCCAGUCAAUCUCUAUGUUACCUGGAAGCAAAUGGUACCAGCUGAUACCUUCCCAAUCUACUUGCCUGCCCAAAAUGCUGCACUGACAUUCACCUUGCUAGAGGGGAACCUGGUCAAUGUCAGCGCUUAUGACAUACAAACUGAAGCCCAGACAGUUGUGAAUGCCAAAGGUGCACUGCUGACUGAGCAGCCGCGGCUCUGCGUUGUUAUCCCGACCGAGCAGGCUUUCUCACACACGAUGGCUGACCAGAUCUGCUGUCUUCAACAGUAUGUAUUCCCUGAUGCAGCCGCUACUGGAAGUGAGUCUGACAAUUGUGAGGCAGUCAGCCCCAAGUAUGUCUUCGAGUGGCUCUUCUCUGCUUUUGCCGUACUUCAAAGACCUGGAACCUCAUCAACAACGUCACGUGUGCAGAAGAAGGUGCGGGAUGUUGUUACAGGCGCAGGGCCACGUGACUCUUCAAGUAUUCCUUGGCGACGUCAUCCAGCCUGGUUUGCUCUGAAGUUCAUCUUGCACGUGACACUGGUCAAUGAGAAAGGACAUCGACUCGGAAGCAUUAUCUACAAAAUGGCUAUGCUCCGAUUCAUGGCCGAGUUUGUGAAAUGUGGCUCUGGUGCAUACCACGAUGAUGCCGAUGUCCUACAGCAGAUGCUUGCAAAACUCAGCAAACGUAUUCACAAGCUCUCUCUACUUCUGGAAAGCAGCAGCAGUGUACCAAAAAUAUUGGCCACAAGAUGCCGGAAGGUCAUGCACAGUGCUACUUUAGUCGUGGAGCAAGCAAGCGAGCGCCAGCUCACCCGAUGGCACGCAUUCAGUGAUGCUGUUCAGGAUACAUCCCAACUUCCAGGUCUCCCUGCUCAGCAUGAUGAUGCCGAUUCAACCACUCUGCCACUUGAUGUAUCGGGAGACCGUAUCUCCGGCAUGCUUGGAGCAACCUCAGGUGAACCAGCCAGCAUACAACAAGGCCCAAUGGAGAAACAUGCUGAUGGCGGAUUUCCACUGACCAACGGUUCACGUGAAAGUCGUCUGAUUGGACUUCAUACGUGGGAAGAGAAUAUGCUAUUGCGCUGGAAAGCAAGGACAUCUCAGCCCAUGGCAUGUCACUCCGCUCUUGAGCUGAUGGAAGCCUAUGAGAGUGCUACGUUACACUUAUACGUGCAAGGCAAUGCCCUGGAUCAAAGCCGUCGUCUCCUUGUGGCGUUCGUACUGAUGGCAAUGUGCGACAUCUCUGCGACUGAAGAAUUCCCUCUGCUUCUGAAGCACAGCACUGAUGUUGACCCAUCGCCGCUGCAGCACAUACUGGCAACUACUCCACUGGAGUUAGAAGUUCUACAUGGCGUCGAGACGUACUUCAAGAGUCGCAACAACGCUGGGAAAAUGGAUGGGCCGUUGCAAGCUAGGGUGAUGAAUGAGUCCCUGUCAGUCAAAUUCUGUGAAGGCCAUGGCGAUAUGAUGAGAACACGUGAUCGACUGCUUCAAGAGGACAAGGCAAGGGAAAUGCAACAUGUUGCCAGUGUUGAAAGAGAGUUGAAGAACAUGAUAAAAAGUGAAGAAUCCUUUCGUAAGCUUGAUCACACUUACACGGUGGUGUCACAUGUUCACUUAGCAACCUGCCAUAAGUGUGAACUCGAUCGCGAGCUGGAUAAGCGGGAGCAUGACAUCUUUGAGCGGGAAAUGCCACCAACCGAGGCCUGUCAAAAAGCGAUUGCAUUUGAAGUUUGCAUACCCGGUGCAGUGAAAAAGUGGCGCGACUGCCUGCUGAAAUUCAACAAAGCAUUCCUCCUCUCGGUGGCCUUCAAUGGAACAGAAAGCCGAACUAAAGUGAGAUGGUUGAAGCGUGUAGAUGACAGAUGGCCAGUCGGCCCAAUCAUCUUGGCCAGUACAAACAAGUCCUUCACGCACUCUCAAUACCGGUCCCUCAAGCUACGCAACAGAUGGUCGUCUGAUGACUUUGUUGAGGCGUGCAUUCUCAAUUGCACUCUAGCUGAUGAUACGCACAGAUGUGCACUCCCAGCUCCACGGGCUCAAAACGACAAGGUGCAACAAUUAUGCACUAUUAGCCACGGCAAUGGCAGUUUACAGAGUUUCAUUAAAUCUACAGGUCACCAGCAAAGCAACGUCAUCGCGCAGCAGAAUAUCUGCCCGGACUUCUUCAGUGUUCGAGAGUUUGUGACGUUUGGAAGCAUACGAGCUGGCAAGCAACUACAGUGGUUCAACAUUCUGCGUGGAAUUCACCAGAAAACUCUGCUUCUACAUCGCAGUGAAGUCGUGCAGCUUAUCGCGCAGAGCAUAUGGCAAGCCGAGGCGAACGAAGAUAAUCGGCCGCUGCGUGACACGCAUCACCCGUGUGGAGAUGCUGCCUUUGUUCGCGAAUUCAGCUGUGAGCUGCAAAGCGUGCUGAACGGCGUGCGUGGCAACUGGGCAAACUACUGGUCACUGUGCAGUGUGAUCGUACUAGCUAACCGCCUGCUCAGUCUACACUCCCAGCUUGGACCAGCAGCGCCUGCUGAAGACACUAUUGAACGGCUGCAUGAAGUGCUAGCCGACUGUCGCAAAGUCGCCGUGGAAUGGCUUGACAAGAUCCGCUCACUGCUAGAGGAGAUCAAAGACGAAUCUGCUGGAAAGCUGCAAUCUAUGUCUGUGCACAUUGCAGCCUUUGGUGCACUGAGCUAUCGCCAUUCUGUGCAUCUUGAACAGCACGAUAACACACCGCUGUUCCACUGGUUGAAGUUUGUAACAGACCUACACCGCAAUACAGUGGCACACCAAGCCCUCGGGUUUCUGGAGAUAUUGAUUGCACAGGUCCUGCGUACUGCACGCAGUAACCAUUCAACGACAGUUCAGCUAUUCAACGGCGGUAUACAUAAUGGUAUCAAUGUCGAGUAUGAUACAUUUGUCACUGAGUUCUACGCUCCGGGCAAUGUUGUUUCGGGGUACGAUAUUCACCAGGACAAUCAACUUUGGAUCAACUGCAAGUGGCAGUCUGUGAAUGGCCACACCGAGUAUAUCCAGUUGGACCUACGGCAAGGCAAGUGCUGGAUCAAUGGCCUUGCGCCGGGGCGCUUGUCGUCAGACAUAACCAAUACCAAACUGUUCGCCCGUCAUUUCAGAUCAACUGUCUUUGUCGUCAGUCCAUGUACAAGUCCACAAGGCCAAGUUGCUCAAACAACAUCCGCAAUGACAGGAGCCGUGUCCAGUGAGGAUGUAGCCAACGAGGAAUCAUCGCCAGCUAUGGAAAGCACAGAGGAGAGGGUUGGUCCGUUUGUUUUUGCCAGCCACGACCGCUCUGGAAAUGGUCAACUGUGCAUUUACGAGUGCCGAGGUGAUGGUCGUAAGCUACUGCUAUUGGAUCCAUCCUGGUUUUCGGAUCGAAGCAACUUUGACUUGCCAGCCCUGCUAGUGAAAGAACACAGCUUUUGGCUGGAUCUUGAAAGCCAUGAAGUAUUCCUGCGGCCGGAGUACUUCAGGGACAAAGAUUUUGCUCGACUCGAUCGCUGCGAGUAUGUUCUGGACUUUGGAAAACGUCAGAUGAUGGUGCUGAAUGCUGCAAUCACUGGUAUCCCACCCGGGUCAACUAUGCUCAGCUCCAAAUCCCCGUUGGGAGCGUCCAUACUGGAAAUAAUGGCAAGGAUUGAACUGGCACAGUAUGUAGAGCUUUGGAGGGACACAGGAGGAACUGUACACAUUCGUCUGUCUCGACUUGGUCUAUCGUUCUUCGUUUCUCCGGAGGAGAAAGACUCCGGGCUGCUAAGGAGUGGAGACUACACAGGCUGGUGUGUGGACAGUGAUCAAAGUCUUGGAACUCUGAUCCCCUUAUCAUCUGGACUGGUUCUGGUACAUCACAAAGGCGAAGUGUGCGAACAACGAUGUUUGCUGGUACCGCAUGGCACACCUGAAUUUGCUCAAGGCGGUUCGUGUGUCAAAAUCAAUCUCACGGACCUGCGUGAACCACCUGUGUUCCGCGUCAAUAUACAGCCAAACCUCCGUCAGCUGCAAGCACCAGACAGUCGCAGUGCGUGGAUUUAUCUUGCCUUGUUGCAUGGCACGACAUCGUCAGUGCAUCCGGAUCCGUUCACAGGAAUGACUGGCAUGGAGAUGGCAAUGACUGUCCUGCAGUCGGCCAGAUGCUGGUCUGCCUCACCUCUCGACCAUACAUCAAUGUACUGGCUGUAUAAAGUUGCUUGCCUGUCACCGAGGCGCACGUCCAACCGAAGCGGAACAAUGCAACUAGUUGACUGGCCUAGCUAUGUUCCAUCAUACUGUGCAAGUGAUGCAUUCAUUCUCCUUGUCGAUAGGAUCAUCGCCAACAGCCAGUCUAUGGUCUUUCUCUACAAAGGGUCACAGUUUCAGGAGGGCCAGACUCAUGCUGAUAAAAUCUCUAGGCAUUCUGAGCGCUCUCUCAGUACUGUCUUCUACCACUGGAGCCAUGAUGACCUGCCUCUGCUUGCUCGUCCACUUGCUGCAAAUGCUCCGGCCCCGGUUGAUCCUCAAGAUAUUCCUUUUGCCCAUGAACCCAGCCAAGUGUCAAUGCGCACAGCCUGGAGACUUCUGGCCGAGCCCGAUAUGGAAGAUGAGACCACCAGGGGAUCAUCUCGUGCACCCAAACAUGAGUUGACCAUGGAAACACCGCACAAGCUGGUACCAGGACGUCAGAGUGACGGAACAGCAGUGUCUCCUUUCUUUGCCGCUACUGUACCAUCAGCCUGUAAUGCUGUACCACCGCCCUGUACUUCUCUGCCACCAUCCUGGAAUACUGGAGUUUCAUCAUCCUUUACUGCAGUGUCCCCAUCCAUCACAGUGAAUUCUGUGGAGAGUGAACUACUAAAGUUCAGUUUGUCUGACGAACAGAGGAGAGAAGAGAAGACGUUUAGUCCCAAACUAGCUUCUGGUUCUCUCCGUGAUUGUAAAGAUUGGGCUGGCAUAGAGUUGGUGAGGGAUUUCAUGGCGCUCCACCAACAUGUCGAAGAAUGCAACGAGAAGGACCGCUUGCGGCUAGCACUAAUGUUCUCCCUGUGGAGCUACCAGCGCGAGCAGAGUAGCUUACUGUUGGAGCUGUUGAUACUGCUAACAAACAGUGCUGUUGUAAGUUUUCCUGGCUUGCGAGUGUUUCCGGCACCACAUCGCCAUGUCCUACCCCAGGCAUCUAAAUUUACCGAUAUGAUCAUUUCAUUGGAACCUUAUAUCGAGGCCCAUGGCCUCCAGGAACCUGGAAUGUUUGCUGAAUCAGCCAAGAAGAAGAAGUACAAGGAGCAGGUUGAGGAACUACAGAGCAAAUACGAGACCAAGAGGAAGGUGUUCACAGAUGCCAUCAACCAGGACCUGAUUAGAGGCCAUACCUUGCUGCAAUACGGUCCGUAUCCAGGCACGUACUCAGAGUUAUCUCCUGCAAGGCUUCCAAUGGUGUUCCAGUUCACAUCCAAAGAGCCUCUAUUUGAUCACGUCCCUGGCUAUCAAGAAAGCUUUCAUAUUGCUCUGACCACCGCAAACUCAUCACAGAUUCUAUACCAGUAUGCUAAGUGCAUCGUUGAUGCUGUUAAGCAACAGGUCAGAACAGGACAACUACCACUACCUGGUUUCCUACUGACGAGUCCAUUGCCUGCGUGUCCGCGCAAUGAAUUCAACUGCCGGCAGCUAGUCAUUGCAACUCCGGAGAAAAGGGAAGAACUGGAAACAAUGCAAAGGCAGACAUAUACACAGCCGCAUGCAGACAACAGCGCCUCGAGUGCCAGUAUCCCACGAUUGACGCGUCUAACGAGCAGAAAGUUCGAUGACUUGGAGCUUCUUGAAGAAAAACUGAAAGGCAUGCAGUCUCGUGCGCCUGAAAGUCAUCGUCAAAUACUAGAUGAAUUCUCAGCUGACCUACACGAAAGCCUUGAUGAUCUGCGUUCUGCACAGCCAGAUCAUAAUGUAUCUACAACGUUCCAGUCACCCCUUGAUGAAGUCACCUGCAUUGGAUUUCACGGGAGAGAGCAGGAAAGAUGUUGGGACAUUCAAUCACGCCUCGAGACCGCCAUCAACCGUUGUGUUAGCAGAAGUCCGUCUCUCCAGGCUUUGCACUCAUGCGGCCUGCUGCUGCGACCAGUGCCGCUAGCUCUAUUCCCGGAGCUGCUGUCACGGACGGCCCCGGCGUCUGGAUUAGUCGAUAUCCGGAUCAGCGAUGACGUGCGCGAGCUCAUUGGUGCGUUAUGUGUUGCCAUGGUGAAUAUUCGGCGCUAUUCCCGGAUGUCUCGCCUGUUCAAGGAUGGACCAGAGGAUUGGCUGCAGAGAGAGAUAUCCAAUGCCCCACAUGCAACGUGGACUCCGUGUGAUCACCCCGAAUGGCUAUUGUUUGAGCUAGAGAAUGACCUGUGCAUACGGCAGAGACAAGUUGAUGUCGCAAAGCAGAUGAUGUGUGUCGGAUCGGCGUCUGCGAAGCGCAAGCAUGCAGUCAUGCAGCUGAACAUGGGAGAAGGAAAGACGAGUGUCAUACUACCCAUCAUUGCGGCUGAGCUAGCUGAUAGCCAUGCUCUGGUGAGAGUGAUUGUUCUGACUUCUCUGCACAACACCAACUUCAAUCAGCUCGUGUUCAAGCUUGGCGGACUUCUCAACCAUCGCGUCUAUGCCAUGCCGUUCCGCCGUGACAUUCCGAUCGGCGAGAACGAGGUACGCCGUUUACAUGGCUUUCUUCAGGGUGCCAAGCAGCGUCGAGAUGUCAUGGUAACUAUGCGUGAGCACUUGCUAUCUCUGCAAAUCAAGCAUCAAGAAGCGUGUUUCAAGGCACAGACCGGCCUGGCUAGGAGUUUAGGCAAGGUUAUGGCUAGCCUCCAGUACUGCGCUCGCGAUGUCAUUGACGAGGCAGACGAAGUUCUUAACUAUCGCUUCCAGCUCAUUUACCCACUGGGGGAUCCGUCAUCUCCCGAUGGCAAAGAGCUGCGUUGGGACACUGCCGAGCUUGUUCUGGAUGCCGUCAAAGUGUGUAUACCAGAAGUCAAACGUGCAUUUGAGAAGACGAUUGCCUACACCGGAAACACAGCACACGCGUUUCCAUUUGUGCGCAUUCAUGACUCCGUGGAGGAAACGGAAGCGUACAGGAUGCUUUGCGCGUUGGUGUCUGACUACAUAUUUGCCGGCCAGAGCCACCUGACAAAGUCAGAGUUCAUGGAGGGCAUGAGGCACACAACUCCGGCACAGCGAGAGUUUCUGAAGCGCUUCAUCCAGGUUGAAGAUCUGUCGGCCGCAGAUGUGGAGGCAUUCUCAUACAUCCCCGAGAACAUUCGGAAUACGCUGCUCUUGCUCCGCGGACUGCUGGCCACUGGUGUUCUGCGGCUGGCUCUGAAAAAGAGAUACCGCGUUGAGUACGGACUGUUAUCCACGACUCAUCAGAGCUCCGCGUCUAGUCGUGUUGGACGAGUGAUAAAGAUGGCAGUGCCGUUCCGAGCCAAAGACGUGGCUGCCGAGCGCACUGAGUUUGGCCAUGUCGAUGUGGCCGUCAUGCUGACAUUGCUAAGUUAUUACCAACAUGGCCUAACAGCUGAUCAGAUUGACAUUGUCCUUGCCAAGCUGCUGCGGAAAGAGGCCAAGAAUGAAAUCUACAACUCGUGGGUGGAGCAGGCCGGUCGGGAAUCAGUUGAUGAGAGCAUCAGACACCUGAGCAGUAUCAAUAGAAAGGACCCACUGCAGAUGAAGGAUCUAGUGUAUCCUUUCCUUUGCUACCAUACGGAUGCAAUCAAUUUCUUCGUGAACUCCACCAUCUUUCCCAGUGAGGCCAAGGAGUUCCCAAGGAAACUCGUUGCCAAUGGUUGGUCAAUGACUUCGACGCGGCGAGAGAUGAUUGUGACAGGCUUCAGUGGUACGAACGACACUCGUCACCUGCUCCCCGGCUCAACUGAACAGCAAGACCUCCCUCAGCUGAAGCAUACCAAUGCGUAUGUGUGCAGCUUGAUCUUGAAGCCUGUGAACAACCAGUAUCACGUCUUACCUGAUGAAGUCAAUGGUCAGAAAUUGGUCAACAGGCUGGUGUUACACGGAAGUACUUGUGGUGAAAACAUCUCCAACUUGAUCAAUACCAUCAUUGAUGCUGGCGCCACAAUUCUUGACUUGAGCAACGCUGACGUCGCUAAGUGUUGGCUGCAGAAAAGACCUGACAAGCAAGGCGUAGUCUACUUUGACCACGCAAACCAGCUUCGUGUCCACGAUCGCCGAAGCCAUAAGCCACGCAAGCUGGAAUUAAGUGCCUUUGCAAGCAAUCUGGAAGAGUGUCUUGUCUAUCUGGAUCAUGCUCACUGCCGUGGCACUGAUCUUCAAAUGGUUGAUGGAACGGUGGCAGCUGUGACUUUGGGAAAGAAACUUCGACGGGAUGAGUUUGUGCAGGCAUGCAUGCGCAUGAGGCGACUGAACAGCACACAUUCCAUCUCCUUCUGGGCCCCGCCGGAAAUUGAUCGUCAGAUUCGGCAGCUGUGCAGACUUGAGGCUGGUACGGGUGUCGAACACAAGCAUGUGCUACUCUGGUGUAUCAUGAACAGUAUCACGGCCACUGAAGACGGAUUCUACUCAUGGGCGAGUCAAGGCCUGGUACAUUUGCAGAUUGAUAAUGCUCUCAAGCAGCUGCAAUCGAACGACAGUGUCAUUUGCAAGACAGGCCAGCAGUGCACUCUGCCUGAUGGUAUGCAGCUAUGCGAUAUGUAUGGUCAAGCUCGCUUCCCGCAGCCUGUUGGGACCAUCAUUAGCCAGCAAGCGAAAACAGUCAUGGGCACAGAUGAGAUUGUCAAGCGAUGCAAUGCAUUAGUGCCAAACGUAUAUCGCUAUGCUCAAGAGCUAGACGAGGAACAGGAGAGAGAAAUGGAGCAGGAGAUUGAGGUGGAACGUGAGCGAGAGAUGCCCAGUUCCAAAUCUCCUGUCGGAGAAGUACUUCCAGAGUAUCUGAAAACAAUGGCACAGCAGGGCUUGUCAGUGCAACAGCUCCCAUCUCACAUCAAGGCUACUGGCCUGGUGAGAAUUUGGCGGUGCUUCAAAGACACUUCGCUGUCUAGAACAACGUUCCGCCCGUUUCUGGCUGGCCCACUCUGGCAUUGUAGUGAGAAUUUGUUUGCAACGUCAUCAUUUCGCAAGACUGUUGCUCAGGACUCAAGAGUGCUAAGUUACUCUGAUGCCUACAUUCGACCAGUGGAGUGGCUGUUGUUGAUACGUCAGCCCAGUCAAUCUACUGUUAUCCUGAUCAGCCCAUUUCAGGCCAAUGAACUCUGCAGACUUCACCGCCGCACGCCUGCUACCUGGAGCCCGUCAUCAUCACUGUUACUGUACGCCAGUCCAGGCUACAAGAUGCAAACCAUCAUGUCAGACUGGUCGUGUACAUUGGCUGGAGAAUCUCUUUCGCCGCUCCCUUGCCUUCCAAAUCGGCUGCAAAAAAUCUUUGCUGAGAUCCUGUGUUUCGCUGGUGGUUUGUUCUUUGGUCGAGACCGAGACGAGAUGCUGAUGAAUAUGUCCGCAAUCGCACACAUAUUCUCCCUGGCACCAGCUCCUAUCAGCGGCAGCAUGGAAACCGUGUCGUACGUUGAGAAACCGUCCACCUCCACACAGCACGCCAGUCCCGGCCAUUCGCUGAAGUUCCUGCGCCAUGUCUUGGAUGCACUGCGCUCGGCUGACAGCCUGGAGCAUAGCGAGAUGGGAUCUCUUCUGCUGCGCCGUGCCUGGACACCACAUGCGGACAGCGGUGCACACACUGGACACCAUCUCUCUGGAUCGGGGGAACCAAGUGCAAGGAAAUCUGUCCGCCAGUCUGACACUUGACUGCAGGUCCAAGAGUGAAACUUGCUGCUGCCAUCUCUGUCGCUGUCACCCCGUCUGCACUAAAUUCCUGUGCAUCCAGCAUAGAGUGGUGGCACAGCUACCCUGAUUGUGAGUACAUGAGCCGACAGCCGGCAUGUUGGUGCCAACUCAGUCAAUCCCGGUACCCAAGGGUCACGUGAUGUCAGCUAUGUUGGCUCCAACUCCAUGAUCCAGUCAAUCCCUGUAUCCAUGUGUCACCUGGUGUCAGCCAUGUUGGUUCCAACUCCAGUCAAUCCCUGUAUCCAUGUGUCACAUCAGCGAUGUCAGCGGCAUGCUGGUUCGUCUGGUCACACGCCAUGUACACUUUCUACACAAAUGUACUGACAAGGAUGUACAAUCACUCUGUUGUCAUCAGUCUUUACUAUUAUUCCAUGUUUUUACGAGCGCUAGGGUUUACCGGGUGUUAGCGGCCGUCGUGAGUUCCCUUCGGGAACGGACACGAUUUUUUUUUACGAGCGCAGUCCUUUCCAUGCAUUUUCCCUCUCUUAUCAUGAUUAUGCAAGUACAUGUACAGUUUCCUCGGACACAAGAAUGCAACAAUACUAAGGAGAAGAACACACUUCAGGCUCUUGAACGUCUUGAACGUUUUCACGGGUACGCUUUCCAAGUAUGUGUAUAAAGUCUGCUACAUUUUCCUCAGCAUCGAGUGAAGUGUGAGAAAACAUUCCAGCUACUGCUAGUUCCGACUGAUCGCUGCAGUGAUGUUGUACUGAUCGCCGCAGUGAUGUUGUACAGAUCGCCGCAGUGAUGUUGUACUGAUCGCCGCAGUGAUGUUGUACUGACCCGCAGUGGUGUACUGAUCGCCGCAGUGAUGUUGUACUGACCCUGUGGUAGGUGCGGCCUUCACAAGUAUUACUUGUUCUUUAGUUUGUGUUUCACAAACACUGCAGUUCAGAUCUGUCAACAAUUUUAUCGCUUUUUUAUUCAGUUCGUCUCUGGAAUACUAGUUACAAAAGAUACUCUCUCCCUCCCUUGCUUUGUCUCUCUCUCUCUCCCUCUCUCCCUCUCUCUCAUGACCUAUAUGUUCUUUUUAAAUGCUGAAAUUUGGUACAAUAACUGCUGACAAUAUGUGCAUUCGUCCUUUGUGACACCAAUAGAAAGAGAUGCGUGUGUGUGCCUAUGUCCAUGUGUAGAUGCCAUGUUCUGCAUUUUCAUGUCUUUUUCGUCACCAAUCUGCUGGCUAGAGUGAAUAUCAUUCAUGCAUCCAGUGUACUUCAAAGUAGAUUGUUCACCUGUCACCUUUUAUGCCUGAGCAUUUCUUAUUGGCUAUUUUGAUGCCUUUACUUCAACUCUCUGUUCAAAAAUAAUGCUAUGUAGAGAAAGCUUCGGCAUCAUCUCUGUUACUUCGCAAUGUCGUAAACUGACGUUGUGCGUGUAACAGUGACAACUCUUUUUGCACUUUCAUCAGUAUGGUUUUGUGAAUGGCUUUCUGCCUGCUGCAAAAUAAUCUAUUCUGCACGCUUAUUCUGUCGUUUCUCCUGCCUCUUCGCAUGAAUUCAAUUGCUACUUUGCCUACUUGUAGGAAGCAUUUUUUCAGUGAUUUUGUUGCAUUUGUCAAACAAAGCACUGUGUAUACAACCACCUUAUUCUGCCGUA